AUGUCUUCCUUCGGUUUCUCCCAAUCUAUCGGAACCAUUCAGUCUUAUCUCCAACUGAAUCAGUUGAAAGACUACUCUUCUAGAGAUAUCGGAUGGAUCACUGGACUAGACACUGCAAUUGCACUGCUAUUCGGAAUUCAAGUCGGACCGUUGAUGGACCGUUACGGACCCCGAUUUCUAGCUCCAGUUGCUAUCUUCCUCACAGUUCCCAAGUUUUUCUUCUUAGCUGAAUGCAAGGAGUAUUGGCAGUUUUUACUCUGUCUGGGUGUGCUUGGCGGUUUUGGUGCAGCUGUAUCAUCCUCACUUGCUAUAUCGUCGAUUGGCAAACUGUUUGCUCGCCGCCGUGGUUUGGCCAUGGGGGCUGCCUUAGCCGGUUCAUCUUUUGCGGGAGUUAUAUUUCCUUUGAUUCUGCGUCGUACUCUACCAGAGAUAGGCUGGAGUUGGACAGCUAGAAUGCUUGGUUUCAUCAUUUUAGGACUCACAAUCGUUGGGAUGAUAUGCCUUUUGCCAUUUCCCAAGUUGAUUAAACCCGCACAAAGCCCCAGCGAACAAAAGUCAGCAGCCCUCAAUUUCGCUGCUUUUCGAUCAACGCCCUUUCUCUUCAUCACAGUUGGAUUCUUUCUAUUCGAAGUCUCAGUCAUAGGUAUAGGUGUUCUGCUUCCGACUUUUGCAGUUGAGGCAGGGUUUCUGCCCAAUUCGGGAUUUACCUUAGUUGCUACCCUUAAUGGGUGUUCGUGUCUCGGACGCCUUUUGCCAGGCCUUGCUGGAGACCAUGUGGGGCAUUUUGAUGUUAUCCUGUUCAUGGUUACACUCACUUCAGUUUUUACAGCAGUCCUUUUUGUUCCUUUUGGAACUAAAUCUGUGGAAGUUUUGUAUGCCUUCGCUGCCACAUGGGGUUUUGGAUCUGGCUCUUUUCUCUCCAUCACGCCAGUGUGUGUAGGCAAAACUUGCGACCCGAAAGACUAUGGUAGAUAUUACGGGACCAGCACUUUCGUAGUAGCCUUUGGCGCGCUCGCCUCACUACCCGCUGGGGGUGCGGUGCUUGAGCAAGUUGGACCCAUGGGCGCCGCUGCACUGUACCUUGCGUCUGUUGUGUUGGGGGGCAUUUGUUUCUACAUUGCACGCUCUUUAUUGAUAAGGAAAUGGGUUGUGUUUAGGUCGAAUAUCUGA